AUGCAACAGUAUUUUCUUCUGAUGCACCCCAAGACGGUGUCUCUGCCCGCUGCCUCAUCUGCGGACCAUCUCCUUGCCCUCUCAGAGGUCAGCGACUUUGCGUUGACAGAUAUAUAUCCAGACAUCGGCCCUUGCACCUAUCGUAUUCUGAAGGAGCCGAUACUCUCAAGAGAAAUUGAACGCGUUUCUAAUGCAAAGUCAAGUAGGGCUGUUGAUUACCUUUCCUUCCAGCCAUGUGCGCCGACUAUCUACGAAAAUCAAGACCGUCUAGUAGUCGAGGAAUGGAGUUUGCCUGGUGGAACAUGGCAAUUUGCGUUUGUUCUUGACGGGCAUGUCAAUAGCUCAACUGCAGACUACGCGGCGGAGACCCUUCCACGACACCUCAGAGAGAGCUUAACACUUGCUCUCCAAGCCUCCAAUCGUAUCUCGCCUAAACGCGUCAGUGAAAUUAUGCGCGACUCGGUGGUACAACUGGACGAUCGUAUAACCUCUGAAUUCUUCGACCUAUUCCCCCGAGAUCCAACUCUCCUCGACCAAUUAUCGUCCGAAGACAUCAAAUCAAUACCUAUAACUCCGGGAACACUCGCCCGUUGUUUGGGUGGCGCGACACUUAUUUUUAGUCUCGUCGAUCCUCAGCAGAAGAAUCUGUGGCUUGCCAAUCUUGGAGAUUGCCGUGCGGUCUUGGGGUUGCGCGAUAACAACGGUGCGUGGAGUGGGACACUGCUCAACACUCUCCACAACACCAAGGAAGAAACACGAAAAAUCAGAGCUGAGCAUCCUGCUGAGUCGCAGUGCAUCAGAAACGAUCGUGUUCUGGGGUUCUUAGAGCCAUCCAGGGCUGUUGGGGACUUAUGGCUGAAGAUUCCCUCGCCAUAUACCACCCGCAUUUUCUCAAGUUUAGAUCAAGACUGGAUUUCUCAAGAAACCUUCUGUCGGCGUGCUCCUUGGAUACUAACGCCGCCGUAUGUUUCCAACGUCCCCGACGUAUCUCAUUACCCACUUCCCGAUGACCCGUGGUUCUUGUUGUUAUGUUCAGACGGGUUGGCAGCUGCAGAAACCUAUGAGGGAAUGAGUGAUGUGGCCAUGACAAGACACUGGACUGAUGUUGUUGGUGCUGUUGUCGAUCAAGGCUCACCUCAGGCGAAUGCGGCAUUGACCUUACUCAGGGCGGCCCUCGGGGGAGACCUCAUCAGUCAAAGCCGGAAUCUCACUGUGGAAAUGGAGGAACGUUGGCUGGAUGAUAUCACUAUUGUCAUUCAACACCGCCGCGUAGAAUAA